AUGUGUGUUUCACAAGGAGCGGCAGAGAGAGAAAAUGCCGGGAAUACUGUUAACUGCGUUUCUGUAUUUGUGGUGGUAGCAGAAAGUGCUUUGUCUCUCAAUUACGCUCGGCGUGAAGUUGACGGCAGUCGUAUCCUUUUCUGGAUCCUGUACACGGUAUACAGACUUGUGGACAAUCUAUUAGUGCUGCAGUUGACCCUGCUCGUUCUCGAACUGCGCGUGAGGUUCCACGAUAUCAACGAUGUUAUCGUCACGACAACUGCUCUUCAUAGCGACAAGCGCUUGUCGCGCAUCCUACUGGACUGUAGCCGAACAACAGAGGAGUUCCGCCAACCAGCAGUAAACCAGCUGCACCACGCACACGCCGUUCUCCAUCGCGCAGCAGAGCUCCUACAGCGGCACUUCGGCUUCACUGCGGCUCUGCAAAUAAUAACAGCUUACUCUAGUCUCCUGUACGGCUCCUACGAGAUCCUGAUGCUUUGGGUUGGUUCAGACAAGAGCCACGGCAUCGUGCUGAGCAGCUCCAUCCUGUACUCCGUGGUGUGGGUGGCUUCGCAUCUGCUAGGCGCCGUCGCCGUGGUGCUCUCCUGUUCGGCGACAGCAGAUGAAGCGGAGCGCACUCGAGUUCUGGUGGUUAGGGCUGACACGCUGAGACAACGUCAGCCAGUCUGGACGAAUAUGGGGGCUCUGCUGCGGCAAGUGAUGGCUACUCAGCCUCUAAGUUUCAAGGCUGCCGGCUUCUUGACGAUCGACCGCAGACUGCUGAUGUCCAGUCUCUGCGCUACCAUUACGUACUUGGUAAUACUGAGUCAGAUCUCUCUUGAUUAA